AUGACGGCAGUUGCUCCUCCUGUAAACUUCCAGAACAGAUGGAGCGGGCCUAACGGCGUCCCCAACGGAGCUGCCCCCAUGAGCGACGAAUUUAGGAUGUUCAUGCCCCGGAAAAGUGCACAACGCUCCAACUCGUCCUCGUCGCUAUCGUCGCAGGCAUCGUCCACAUCUACCGUCUCGACCGCUUCCUCUUCACAAACGAGCGGCGUGGGAGCUUCACCCACCGCCGACGGCUCGACCUGGGCUGCGCGGAAAAAGGCGCCAAGAGGGUUAUGGCCUGCGACAAAAACGGAACCUGUUGCUGGCAUCACCAACACUCGUCCUCAAUCUCUCACCUCCGCUGGCCAAGGCCCGUCAGCUGCCGCCGCCAUGACACAGUUACACUCCCCUGCGCCGUUGCCGUCGCAGCACAACGGCACCACCCAGUCGCAGACCAACGGCGCCCCGCGCACUCCGAUGCAAGAGGCACAAGCGAUACUGCAUCUUAUUCCUAUGAACGGCACUUUCGAACGGAAGACCAUCACCGUGCCGUUCUUCCCAGAUGUUCUCCGCAUUGGCCGACAGACAAACAAUAAGACCAUACCCACACCGCAGAACGGGUACUUCGACUCGAAAGUUCUCUCGCGUCAGCACGCAGAGAUAUGGGCCGACCGAAACGGCAAAAUCUGGAUCCGCGACGUCAAGUCGUCCAAUGGCACCUUCGUCAAUGGCCAGCGGCUGUCUCAAGAGAACCGUGACUCAGACCCACACGAGCUGCGUGAACAAGACAUGCUGGAACUGGGUAUCGAUAUCGUGAGCGAGGACCAGAAGACCAUCGUACACCACAAGGUUGCUGCCCGCGUUGAGCACGCUGGUAUUUAUUCCAAUACUGGUAACAAUAUGGUGGACCUCAACUUUGGCGAGAUGGACGGACAACAGCUGUCAAACAUGGUGGGGCCAGGUGGUCAGCAACAGAUGAUCAACAUGCGAGGUCGCACACCGAGUCAAGGUUCGAUGAACGGCCAACGCCUGCCCGGGCCCGCCGUAAUGGGAAGCAACGUUGCCGCCAUGCAGCAGCCGCGGCACCCCAACUUCUGGCUACAGCCAAUUACAAUGGAGCAAGUCGUCAAGAAACUGAAUGCAGAGAUGAAAGCUGCGCGACAACAGUCGCAAGACCUCCAACAAACUCAUUCAUACAUCAACGCUAUCCUUACCGCAGAUCCAAAGAAGGAUUCUACCAAACAUUCGCCUAUCAAUUCUACAAAGAUCUCCCCCAUUAAAGAUGGCAACCUCAAGGCCAGGUUUUCUGCUCCGCCGGCACCCCCGCCACAGCAACCCUUACCCGAAAAGCCUGAUGCCCCCUUACUGAAGAGGACGGACACCGAGAAGCUGAAGACCACUGGAUCGCCUGUGAGGUCUGAUGCGCAAAUGACGAUAUUGAACGAUGCUCUACAGACUGCAAAGAGGGAGAUAGAGUCUCAGGGCGUUCGACUUAGGGAUCUUGAAGCUAUGUUGACGGAAGAGCGCCGUGCAAGGGAGGAUGCCGAGGAGAGAGCCAACCGGCUCGAACGUGAGCGACAUUCCGCUGAAUCAGAGUCUGCUAAUGGAGACUUCCACAAGGAUGAAAGCCAUGAGGAGACAGAUGAGACCGACACAAUCAUUGCCAAUGGCUCUGCCUCUUCGAAUCUUACUGAUGUUGCCACGGCACGCCUCCAACAGCGACUCGACACGAUGAUGUCCGAGAUGUCCGAGAUGAAGUUGCAGAUGGAGAAGUACCGGCAGCGCGCCGAAACUGCAGAGGCUGAUCGCAAGAGCCUGGCGGAGAUGAUUGAGAACAUCCGCAAUGAUGACGCAAAAACGGCAGGCAAGGAAGCGAAGCGUCGUCGCAGCCACAGUGGAUUAGGCCAGGAGGCGAUCGACGACAAGAUCGAACAUUCUGUGGACGCCGAGGACGCAGAAGAGGGCGAGAUCACGAUCAUCAAGGAGAGAGAUCCAGCUGAAGACGCCCAUGGAACUCUGGUACAAAAGGGCCAGAAUGGUCGUCCAUCCGAGCAUGAGCUUACGGCAGGGACCAAUAAGACAACUCAGGCUCUCGCGAGACGCUCCAAUCGAAACGAUCUAGCUCUCCUCCAUGGUGCACCGGCAAUAUCAAUGCUUACAGUCGUAGCCCUGGGUGUGGCUGUGAUGGCCUGGCUCAAUGAGUAUCCAAAGGUUGACCGGUGA